AUGAACGACAGAUAUUCAAUUUUAUUUUAUUAUUUUGCUAAUGGCCGUAAUUUCAAUCACACUGCUUCUUUGUCUAAACUUUCCGGAAUGGCAAUCUUACAACUGCUACUGUUCUACCUUAUCACAGUGACUUCUGUCGUUUCGCAAAAUAUUCCAUGGCUACUCGGACCGAGCUACAAUAUUGAUCCAUUUGGAAAUCCUUUUGUGGGACAAAGGGACAAUGGCGUAUUCAUCUUCUGCAAUGGUUUAGGAUGUCCAGCGCGAGGAUGA